AAUCAUUAUUUUCUUCCAUGCAUUAUUUGUUUCACAGAGUUGAUGUUAUCCCAGGCAAAAGCAAUUAUUAAAUCCACUGAUGAUUAUUCACAACCUCAGUUUGGGCCCAACAGACUUCUGCAUUCAGCAGCAGUUUCAGAAAGGCCAGGACUCCAAGCUUGCUGCACACAUCAAAGAGCAUCAGAUGAGAGCCAUGAUGAAAUAUCAGACCUUGAUAGCUACAAAUGAAACAGUGGAAGCAAUUCUUGUGUUAUGUCAGCAUCCACAGGAAACACUGUCAGUGUUUGGGUGGGUCAACUGAGAGUUGCAGAGUUCUCAUCUUUAGAAUUUCAUUGAACCCACAAUUGGUGAAGAUGGUCUCAAAGACACAAAUGUCAACCAAGAGUGAUUAAAGUAGCAGCUUAUAAAAAUGGAUCUGAAACAGCCUUUUCAGUUACUGUACCAACCAUCACCUUGUUGCUGGAAGAGUACAUGGAAAAGCUGAAUCUGAACAUGGCUGCAAGAUGAGUAUUCCUGACAGGCAGCAAGGAAGCAUUCAAAUCUGAAGAUACACCCCCUGAAGCUGGUGUUUAAGUUUCAAUGGGAGAACCCUUUUUAGAUCCAUUCAAAAAUAUUCAAGACCAUCUGUUGUUAAUGAAGAAAGUAACUUGGGCAAUGAAUGGGCUGAGGCUUCCUAUUGAUAUUAAAAUUGUUCUUUCUAUUAAAAUGAAGAGACUUACUGAGAAGAUCUCAAUCUGAAUUCUGUUCUUUAAGAAUGGCAUGGGGCAGGAUGGACGUGAGGUUACAGUGGGAAACAAAACAAUGACAAAGUUUCUCUGCUUGAACAAUGCUUUGCAAAAUUCCAUCCCACCUUUGCGAGGACCACUUUGGGUCUCUGAAGGAGGAGUAGGUCUCAGCCCCUCUGGAGCUAAGAUGUACAUCUAAGGAGUUCUUGUGGCCUUGUUCCAACGAUUAAAGUCUGCCAAAAGGUAUUACAAGCAGUUGAAUCUGGCCAUGAAUGAGCAGAAAGAGAAAAUUACACAAAAAAUAAUUUUCUUAAUGUCAGAAAAAGAAAACCAUGAGGUGAGAGAAGUGAGCAAGCUGAUUGAUGAAUUGCAGGCAGCUAUCAAAAACAACAGAGGUCAUCUCUUGAAACGUGGCCCCCAAUUACAGGCUGCACAGGAGCAAUUCUCCUCUUCUGUCUGCCAACACAUUCAAAGCCUUCCAGCAAACACACUUGUCCCAGGAGGCCUGAAACUCAAGGUAUUUGAAAAUGGCAAAGACACUGGAAAGAUCUCUGUUUGCACCAGUUAAAAAAAGAACGAAUUGGGUUCUGAUAGCCCAACCCAAGCUGGCGCUGUGCUGGAAGAACUACUUCUCAAGAUUCACCAAAGGCUUCAGGGUUCCGCCAUCAACCCACCAGGCCUCCAUUUUACUUCCAUCCAGCUUUUCGAGGUGCAUGGCCAAGAAAUUAUGAUUCCACCUUUGCUGAAGAAUAAACAAUAAUUUUGGUUGUCCUAUGGUAAAGCAUACAGAUCACCUUUUAGCCUUAUUUUGAAUUUGACCUUUGGCGGAGUCACUAAUCACAGAGAAGGCAUCGUAGUUGUGUACAAAGCCUUUUGGGAUCAUACUGCUGUCCUACUACCUGGAUGUGACAAAGUAUUGCUUUGGGAAGUUUGUGAAGACUUUCCAGUCAGUCAGCAGAUACCUGAUCACUUUGAAAAGGUGGAGGAGAAUGAUUUUCUGUAGAAUAAGGUGGAUCCUAAUGUCUUUCUUCCACACUUCUUUUUUCCCAUUGGAAAGUGGAGUGGCUCAAGUAGCCAAGUGAGCAACAGGGGUCAAAUAGUGCUGUCCACGCAGUGGCCUGCAGCCAGCGUGUGGCUGAUCAUGUGGGCUGAGGUGAUCCUGAGCCAAGUGAUAACUCAGGGCUGCCUUGCUAUUGGUCAUGUGAUCAAAGUCAAGGCUGCUGAGGGAACUUCACUGGAAGUAUAUAAAUUAAUCCUACAGAAAAGGCAUAAAGGAGAUGAAUCUCAGAAGAGGGUAUUUGGAACUGAUGGCUGCAUCUUUUUGUGCUGCCAAAAUAAUGCCAGCAUCCCUGCUCUGAAGCAGCUACCAGAACUCUCAGACAUCGACUGAAUGCCAGAAGGUUCUCUUGAGGAGACAAAGCAGCUGACAGCAGCACUGGUGAGGAAACUGGAAGAGAAACACCCUAAGGCUUCCGCUCAGAGGUGGACUGUAGCUCAUAAAACAUAAACUAGUAAGCCAGGCCAGUGAAAACAUGCCAGAGUUGAAGAUCCUCUUAACAAGCUUGGGUACAUGUAGCCAACCUUUGCUAGUGGCCAGCUGAAAGAGCAUGAAUUGCUUUGUAUUGCAGUUAUUGAAACUUUCAUCACAAUUGUUUUUAAUAUUAUAUUGGAAGAACUUACUAAGGAGUUCUCCAGAAAGGACCAAGAGAACAGGUACACUAAAAUUUUAAAUGAACCUUCUGCAGAUUGGAGAUUGUUCAGCAAAAAGAAGAAGAAAUUUUUUUUUUUUGUCUUGAGAGAUUUGCAAAGAGACAAAUUGGGAAAGACAUGGAUCUGAAACUGGAAAUCAUAAUAUAUGGACACCAAAUAUCUAUGAAUAUAUGAAUACCAUCCAAAAAAUAUCCUUAAGUAUGAGACUUCAAAUGCUUCCCAUUUUUAUUCUAAUUUUCUCUUAGAGAUAUUCUAACUAGACGUGAGAACUUCCUUUGUGUCAGGAAGCAAGCUUGCUGUGCACAUACCUACGAAAAUUUUUGGAGAAAAAGGGAACCAUUCCCCCAAACACAGUCCAUUGUAGCACCUUUGCCAUCAGCAGUUUGAAGACAGAGCUGGACAAAUCCUACACCGUGCUGCUCCUCAGCUAGUCCCGGGCAGACAAGGUCCUGGCCUCCAUUCAGGCACAAAGGUGGCUUUGGUCAAGAAGAAACCUGAUGAUGGUCAUCAACACUGGAUCCACAAGGAAAACGGCAGGACCUUGCUCUUGAUAAGUAGCUAAGACCUUGUGCUGGCAAUGUCAAUGACCAAGGGCAGAAACGAAGUCUGUGACGAUCCAGUUCCUGCUCAGGUAUUUUGUUUCUUUAUUUGGAAAUAUGGGCCAUAAAACAAUGGGACUGCAAAUCAAAAGUGGUAUUACAGGGAAAACAUGAAAGCAUUUGUGGUUCUUCAUAGCCAUGCCCUGGAUGAGGAAGACACAUCAGCAAGUUAUGUUGAUGUUUUUACAUCAUUUGUUAUUAAAGAAAACAUUGCUCUGCCAGAUACUAUUAUUUCUGCCCUGGUGAGAAACAGAAUGAUGCUCUGUUUGGCUUAUGUAGGAUCCAGGCGAACAAAGAAGAAAUUGAAACUGUUGCUUCCAGGGGUUCCAAUCCUCUGUGCUUCUAGCUCCAAAACCUCUUGAGGGCCUUUCAAGGUCAUCAACGUGGCCAAAGUGUUAAAAAAAAUUAGAGAAAUAGAUGUGGCCUAUAUGGACAAAAUUUUGACUGAUCUAGAUUCCAUGAAGCACAAAAUGAGACAAUUAAAAGGGCACCAUGUAGCAGCAUGUCAGGCAGCCACCAUAACUCCUGCCCAAAACCCCGUGUAGCCAGUUGUGGUAGAAGGAGGCUGGACUGAACAGGCUCCAGAUGAAAUUAAACUCAUGGAACUUACAAAACACGCAGAGGGACACCUUUCCAAAGUCCAAGAAUAGCGGUCCAAAAGAAGCUUUCCUAAACGUUUGGUCUUAAAGCAGAGCAGUCACAUAAGGCGCCCCAGACAAAUGGGUUUGGAUCUAUAG